GUCCGGUGGGUUCUGGCGUGACGACUCGACGAGCGAUCGUUGUAUUUAGGUUCUUUGGUGUUCACGACCCCAGAUGACAAUCUUGGAGUAUCCGACGUGUCACAUUAGAUAUCCAUUCACUCAUUGAGGUUUACUCAUAUCGACUCACACACUCAACCUCAAGAAAGUUCCCAAGCAACCCACGAUACGCAACUCACUCAGGGGUAAAAUCACGCACCGCAAUCACAACCAAACUCAUCACAUCUCAAGACCAACGAGGCAACACGAAGACCAAGCUACACACCUUACCAACAGCCAUUAUUGACAGAGUCAACUCCUCAAAAUGACAGUCUCAACCCCUCAAACAACAUUCUCCUUCCGCCCCGCAACACUAUCCGACGUCCCCAUUCUCCUCCCCCUAAUCCGCUCCGCCUACCGCGGCGAACUCUCCCGUCAAGGCUGGACGACGGAAGCGGACUUGGUAGCAGACCAACGCAUCGACGAGCGCGGUCUCUCGGCCAAGAUCAAUGAACCCGAGGGUGCAGUCCUCAUCGUCAACGACAACACCAUCCACCCAAGCAGCGAUGAGAAGCCUACCGCGCCGCUAGCAUGCUGCGAAAUCGUGCGAAGUAAACAGAAUCCCGAUGUAGCGUACUUUGGCCUCUUUGCUGUCUCGCCUGAACGGCAGGCUGGCGGGGUGGGGAGGAAGGUGUUGGGGUAUGCUGAGGAGUUUGCGAGGAGGGAGUGGGGGGUGACGAGGAUGGAGAUGUGUGUGCUUUGGAUGAGGGGGGAACUGAUUGCGUGGUAUAAGAGGCGGGGGUAUAAGAAGACUGGGGAGAGGAGAGAGUUUCCUUAUGCGGAGAUGGUUGGGGGUGGUGCUUUGAGGGAUGAUUUGUGGUUUGAGGUUUUGGAGAAGGAGUUGUGA